UAUUGCCGCCGCCGCCCCCCCCCCCCGGCCUCGCCAUGCCGUCCCAGAUGGAGCACGCCAUGGAGACCCUGAUGUUCACCUUCCACAAGUACGCGGGGGACAAGGAGCACCUGAGCAAGGAGGAGCUGCGGGCGCUGAUGGAGAAGGAGUUCCCCGGCUUCCUGGAGAACCAGCGGGACCCGAUGGCGCUGGACAAGAUCAUGCGGGACCUGGACCAGAGCCGGGACGGCACCGUGGGCUUCCAGGGCUUCUUCUCGCUGGUGGCCGGGCUCACCAUCGCCUGCAACGACUACUUCGUGCGGCACAUGAAGCAGAAGGGCAGGAAGUGAGGGCAGCCCCGCCGGCGGGGGGGUGUGGGGGUGUGGGGGCUGCCCCACAUCCAUGGGGGCUGCCCCACAUCCAUGGAUACUGCCCAAUCCCCCACCCCCACCCCGCAACCACCCUCCGCCAUGGGAGGCUGCCCCGACACCCCGACGGCCUGCCCUGCACCCGUGGAUACUGCCUUUCCCCCCCACACACCCCCCGCCCCACCCCAGGGGGCUGCCCCACACGUGGGGGCUGCCCCGCACCCAUGGAUACUGCU